UAACUAGGGUGGAAGCAGGGUUUGUUUCCCAACAGCACUCAGUACAGUCUGCGUUACAGAAUUGCAUUAAGCAUUAUGCAUGAUGUGAUGUGCACUCGUCUCGACCUGCAAGUUUUUCCUUGAGUGGGGUUUAAUUUCCCCGGCUGGAAGUUCGGGUGUAGAGUUACACUGAAUAUUUCAGUCUGCUCAUUGAAGCGGCAAGCAACUACAGACUUCUCUACCACCACACAAUAAAAGUUUUUUUUUUUCACGCCAAGCGUCAGAUGGGCGAGCUUUCUGCGUUUAUAUAAGUAGCCUUUCUUCGGAAGCCUGUUCUACCCUCUCCAGUUGGGUUUCUCUGGCCGGCCCCUUAGUCACACGAUGCCUGGACAGAUAGCCCCCAGAAGCCCUCACUCUUCCCUCAGCCUGGCCCAACAAUGGGGUCCAGGAGGUCUCCCGCCAUUCCACUUCCAAACGCGGCGGGAGGUCAUGGACUGGCGACGCUUCAGUGCGCUAGACGUGGACCGUGUGGCCAGAGAACUGGACGUGUCCACCCUACAGGAGCACAUUGGCAGCGUGACUUUCUGCGACCUGGACUCUGAGCGGUGCCCGCACUGUCGGAACCCAGUGGACCCGGUGCUGCUUAAGGUUCUGCGCAUGUCUCAGCUUAGCACAGAGUACCUGCUCCACUCCCAGGACUACCUGAGCACCCAGGUUGCCUUGCUGGAGGAGCGUCUGCAGGGGGUGAUAGAGGAACGAGACCAGGAGCAGAAGGAGAAAGCCAGGCUAGCGGGAGAGCUACAGACCACUCAGCAGGAGAGCCGCCGCAGGAAGAAGAUGCUUGCCACCCAGCAGAUGCUACUGCAAGCCAGUACCAACAACUACCACAAGUGCCAGUUAUGUGACAAGUCUUUCAUGAACUACUCGUAUCUUCAAGGGCAUUUGCAGCGCAGGCAUCCUGAGAUCACUGAUGCAGAGCGACAGAAGAAGAAGCAGGUGGAGCAGAUGGAGGAUGGGAUUGAAGAUCUGAGAGAGAGGCUGAAGAGGACUCAGUCUAAGCUGGAGGCAGAGCAGGAAGCAGAUGCUCAGAGGAGACUUCAGGAGCAGAAAGAGCAGAGUCAGAGGGAAGCAGAAGAGAAGAUGCAGUUUGAGAAAUGGAAGGAGGAGGAGAGGAAGAAGUUCUACCUUGAGAUAGGGGACCUGCGGCAGCUCUUCCUCCAGGAAUUCAAGGCCGUCUCCAGCAAGAGCACCGCAUUGGAAAUGAAACUCCAGGAGCUGCAGACAAGUGGGCUGCCAUCGUCUAACCUGGGAGCACUGCGAGACGACGAUGACCAAGAGGACAGGGAGGCCAAGGAGAUGGAGCUGAGGGAAAAGAUGAAAAGACAGAAGCAUGAAUGGAAGAAGAGGAUGCGAGAGCUGCAGGGUGCACACCUUCAGGAAAAAGAAGAGCUGCAGAGUGAGAACGAGAGGCUGAGGAUGUCCCUGUCUGCAGACCAGAAAUCCACAGUGCAGCGCUUCCAACAGCAAAUCAGCUUGCUCGGCUCCAAGAUCAAACAGAAGGAGAAGGUCAUCAAGACCCAGGAGGAAACGAUUAAUAAACUGUCAUCAAGAACUGUUACAGUCACUCCAGUGAAACAACAAGAUAAGGAAUCGUCAUCAGAAGAGGAAGAGGAAGAAGAGCUGCUGGACACUCUAGAUGGAAAGCAGAGGCUGCUGGAGGCCCUGAAGAGGAACCCCAACCUGGUCAAGGAAUUCAGACCCAUCCUGCAGGAGACACUGGAGGAGAAACUGGAGAGCAUGGGGCUCCGCAAGGGAGCUACAGGAAUCCCCAAACAGACCUUCAAUAGCCUGAGCUCCACGGUGUCCACCCAGCGGCAGCAGAAAGCCAAGCGCUACCAGGAGCUGCUGAGCCUGAGAGAGAGUCUGUCCCGCGAGGUCACCAGGAAGCUGCACAAGGGCAGCUCCGCACCAACACCCGCAGCCCGCAGGAAAGCCCAGAGCAGCCAGCCCCGGCAGAGCUCAUCGAAACCCAGGGCAGCCCAGGUCACACAGCCCCGCCUGGUCCAAUCAAACACUCCCCAGCCUGCCCCGCGAACCACUGUCACCAGCCCAGCAAGCAGGGCUCCAGCCACCAAGACCAACAACAGCACCCCUCCCUUCAGCUCAGAAGAAGAGUCUGUUGGAGACAGUGCUUAUGUGACCAGCCCAGCCGCCAAGGACCCUCCUGUGGUGAGAGUGGUCAAACCCGGUCCUCUGCAGCCCCAGGCUGCGGUCAGCGAUGAUGACUGGUCCGAUACUGACCUCUCCGAGGGGCCAGUAAGCCCUGCUGCUGGGCUCCGAGGGUCACAAGGAUCUGUGGUCCAGUCACUGACAAGGAGCCUGGAGAGACAGCUGAGUACUCCAAUGAAGAAGCCUGUGGGUGGAGUUAAAGUGAUUCCACCGUAUGUCAGCACCUCCCCAAAAUCCAGUGCCAUUGUGAAGCAGCUGCAGCUGUCAGAUGAGGAGAGUGACCUAGACCUGUCAUCCAUUGAGGAGCUAACCACGGUGACCUCCCACCACAAGGAGGCAGCAGUGCGGGGCAGUGCUGAUUCAGCAGGCAGCAGCAGCGUGUGGAGUUCUGCAGCCAGCAGGGGAGGAGGUUGGUGAGGCUUAUGAGCAGCACAAGGGGACCGGCUUCUUCACUAACCCUGCAUGAGGAGACUGAGCCUGGGGCAACCAACCAACUUCACUGUCUGCAUGGCAAACAGGCAUGCACUCAAAGGACAUGGUUCUGGUCUGAACACAGGGAAUGGACAAGUUUGGUACAAAUAAGCAUAUGCAUAAAAAUCCCUGCUAGAAAUACCAACAAUGUACUGUUUUCUUAGCAGAUACCCAGCAGGUAUACAAGCCCCAGCACAGGUUUACUGCAGUUAGAUGCAUUUAGACGACAAUCACUAGACUAAGUUUACAGUGCUAUACCAGAACACCAUUGAAACCAGUUUGACCAGUUGAAAAACCAAGAUAAAACAGUGCUUGUCAUAGCUGGCAUAAGGAAUGGUACAUGUGUCGUUUAAGCUUUUCAUGAGACACAUUCUCUACUGAGACAGAAGCACUUAAAAGUGAUUGGCUUGAAAGGUGUAGUGGCUGGCUGUGUGUGCUGAUUUCCAUAUCUGAUGGCCAAUCCUUGAAAACUUAGUUGUAUUUUUGAAAGGAGUAAACGUCCCUUAAUCAAAUACUUAAUCAUCAAACUAUAUAUAUAUAUAUAUAUAUAUAUAUAUAUAUAU